AUGUUCAAAUGUUAUAACGAAGUUGUCGAUAAUCAAGCGUUAAAUUUUCGCGCGCGCGAGAAAAACAGACAACACCAGUACGGGUUGUCGUCAAUGACUACGAAGCGCUUCAAUUCUGGACCGCAUUCGAAGCUGCCAGCUGCGGACGGAGCUUGCGCGAGCUUUUGCAGUAGAGCCCUAAACUCGAACAAAGAGACACCUGAACAAUUUGAUUUGCCAUUGGUUAAACCAGAACAAAGCGAUGGCAAAAAGUGGGUGGUCAAACUGAGUUUUAUUAAAAGUGAGUUCGAUUGGAAGGAACACCAAAUACUUUUAAGAAUACAAAAAUCGUUAACCGGUGUAGCCAACCUUUGUUUAGAGAACUGGAAUCCUGAUGUCAGGACCUGGGAUGCAUUUGUACGUAAUUUUCUGAAAGCUUUUCCGCCUAGAAAAAAACUGGGAAAUAUUUUGGCAGAAGCAUCUGCGUUUAAUAGUGACCGUUGCAACACCUAUGACGUGUACGAGAAACUGAAGAACCUGAGAGCCAAUUGGGAUGAAGCGGACAUCAUAAUUAUUGAACUGAUUAUUCACUGA